UUUUGUUUGUUUACAUCACACGUGCCUUGAGACUGCCGGCGCCGGCAAUUGGCAAAAACGCGCAGUAGAUACCGUAAAGAAAAUUUAGUUCUUAGAUAUGGAGGUGGAUAAAGUUCCGCCUGUAGUAGAUGAAUCUACUCCAGAAGAGGCCGUUGAGAAGAAAGCUGAAAAAUGUGAAAUGAAGGGAGAAGAAUAUGCGUACCUCGAUGCCACCGGCUUCACGUCCGAGUUGUUCAAAAUCGAAAUUCGAGGACUUCCCAAGUACUAUGGUAUCGGUGAACUGAAAAAGCUUCUGAACGUGAAGAUGAAGCUUUCAACAAACAAAAUAAAAAUUAUGAAACCUGGCAGUCCAUUCAUUUUCAUCUGCUUUCGCAAUCAAGAGGAUCGUGAAGCGGCAAUAAAAGCUCUCGAUGGUUACAAAUGGAAGGGCAAAGAGUUGUCGGCUUUCGAAGCGAAGCCUGCCCCGGAUCCUUUGGUCCGAAGGCGUAAGGAAGCAUCCGGUACCGAGGGUGAGCCUAUGAACAUCAAGCGCCGCACGGUGGAAGCAUCAGCAACGUCGCUUGCAUACCUGUCUUACGAGCAGCAGCUAAAGCAGAAGCAGUCGGAAAUGGAAAACGUACUACAAAAGUUUGGCAAAGAGCUGUGGUCAUCCAUUCCGACGUUACGGGUGUUUGUGGAGAAGCAACGCCAAGAGCACGGCGGCCUUCCUUGUGCAUUUGAACCGAUUCGACCAUCGCCAAUGCAAGAUGGGUAUCGAAAUAAGUGCGAAUUUUCCAUCGGCAAAGAUGCACAAGGAGUUAAACGCGUGGGCUUCCGAGUGGGAAGCUACACUAACGGUUUCCUAGAGGUUGAACCGAUAGCACACCUGAAACACAUCCCAGACUGUAUGAAACAAGCAGUGGCACUGUUUGAAGAGUUUGUACAAAGUUCACCGUUCGAAGUGUACAGCGCCGAGACGUAUCAGGGCUACUUUCGGCAAAUGACCGUCCGAAUGUCACACGCUACCGGUCAGGUGAUGGUGAUCGUUGGUGUGCAUCUCCAAUCGCUGUCCGAAACCGAACAAAAGGACAUGAAAGCAGCCAUUGUCGAAUGUUUGACAUCGGAGACGGGCAAAAAGGCAGGCAUCUGUUCGAUCCAUUUUGAAGUGAUUCAAAAACGUCAACAAGGCCAAUACACCAACCCAAUCGAACACUUGUAUGGAGAUACACAUAUUGAGGAUACAAUUUUGGGACUCACAUUCCGCAUCAGCCCGGGAGCAUUUUUUCAAAUCAACACCCCUGCGGCGCAACUGCUGUAUCAGUGUGCCAUUGAUGUAGCUGCGCCCGACAGAAACACCAGCCUGUUGGACAUUUGCUGUGGAACUGGUACAAUCGGUUUGUGUUUCGCUCGUCACUGCAAACAAGUGCUUGGUGUCGACAUCGUUGAACAAGCCAUUAAAGACGCGGAAUAUAAUGCUCAAAAAAACGGGAUUGAGAAUUGUAAAUUUUUCGCUGGAAACGCGGAUGAUUUAAUUACUUCUCUGAUCAGGCAAGCGAACAUUAGUCCAGAGCAACAGGAAUCAUUGAUAGCAAUCGUCGACCCACCGAGGGCUGGACUUCAUAUCCGCUCAAUUACACAACUGAGAAAUGCACGUGGACUAGACAAGCUGGUAUACGUGUCGUGCUCUCCGCAAAGCGCCAUCAAAAAUUGGAUCGACCUAAUGCGCCCUUGCUCGAAGCAACUACGCGGAGACCCAUUCGUAGCGAAGAAAGCCAUCGCAGUGGAUAUGUUUCCACAUACUCCACACACGGAAUUGAUCAUAUUGUUUGAACGCGAGACAGAAAAGAAGUCAGAAUCUGUCGCUGAAGAAGCAACAGUGAACGAUGUGCGAGAAACUCACGAAGGUUCUCAACUGUCCGUAGAUGUUUAAUGAAAUAAAUAUGAAUAACAUAAACUUUUCUAAUGUA